GCUGCAGUACUACGAGUUUAGGGCGAUUGCCACAAUCGCCGAGCCGAGGCACGGGUGUUCUCACGAGAGAGCUAGGGUGGGGGUGCAUUCUGGAGGAUUCUGCAGCAAUCAUAGGAGAGGACCCCAUUUCAUUCGUUUAUUGUGGGGGAUGUUUUCCUUCCCUUCUCAGCUAGAUGGUUAGCCCCCUCCGUGAAACCCACAACAUAGUGGUGGGGGGCUGAAGGUUGUAGUGAUUCAAUGACUGGAAUUGACUGAUACCACCGUCUCGCUGCAAAAAUGUCUAAGAGACCAUCCUAUGCCCCCCCGCCUCCUCCUGCCCCAACGACUCAAAUGCCCAACACACCCGGGUUUGUAGGGUACAACCCUUACAGUCAUCUGGCCUACAACAACUACAGACUGGGAGGGAGCCAAAGCAGCAACAGUCGGGUAACGAAUUCCUCUGGAAUAAACAUCCCAAAGCCCCCAAAACCACCUGAUAAGCCACUGAUGCCCUACAUGAGAUACAGUCGGAAGGUUUGGGAUCAAGUAAAAGCCUCCAAUCCUGAUCUGAAGCUAUGGGAAAUUGGGAAGAUAAUCGGUGGAAUGUGGAGGGACCUCACUGAUGAGGAGAAACAGGAUUAUUUGAAUGACUACGAAGCAGAGAAGAUUGAGUAUAACGAGAGCAUGAAGGCCUAUCACAACUCACCAGCUUACCUGGCGUAUGUCAACGCAAAAAGCCGGGCCGAGGCCGCUCUGGAGGAGGAGAGUCGCCAGAGGCAGUCCAGACUGGACAAGGGCGAGCCUUAUAUGAGCAUUCAGCCCGCAGAGGAUCCAGACGACUACGACGACGGCUUUUCUGUGAAACACACAGCUGCUGCUCGUUUCCAGCGCAACCACCGCCUGAUCAGCGAGAUCCUGAGCGAGAGCGUCGUCCCAGAUGUGCGGUCCGUCGUCACCACCGCCCGCAUGCAGGUCCUCAAACGUCAGGUCCAGUCGCUAAUGGUGCAUCAGAGAAAAUUGGAGGCAGAGUUGCUUCAGAUUGAAGACCGCCACCAGGACAAGAAAAGAAAAUUCAUUGAAGCCACGGAGUCGUUCAACAAUGAGCUCAAAAGGUUGUGCUGCAUGAAGGUGGAAGUGGACAUGGAGAAGAUCUCUGCGGAGAUUGCUGCAGCAGAAGAGGCAGCACGUAAACGGAUGGCAGAACGAGAGAAGGAUGCAGGGGACCGAGGGGCGAGAGAGGCGCCCACCUGCGUCUUGGCAGAGGAGGAAAAACAUGUUUGUGCUACACAUGGCAAAAAGUCCCAGCAGAACUCUCACAGUGACAGCAGCAGCAAGGAAGGAGAGGACGCAGAGUCGAAUACUGCAGAUCCACCAGUAAAGCAAAAAGCUUCAGAGGAGAUGGAGGCCCAUCCAGGCAGCGAGGAGGGAGCGUCAGAGGACAAGGAGAGCGUCCCUGAGGGAGCCAUGGAGGAGGGAACCAGCGACAGCAACACAGGCUCAGAGACCACCUCUGCGCAGACAGAAGACGCCACGACCAGCGAGCCAUCAGAGGGACCUGGCAAGGCAAGGGCAGCCCACUGAGCUCAGCAGCAAACAUGGUGGAAACCGCAGGGCUGCCACUCCAUCUGUUUGACUCUCUGAUUACAGAAAUUGCACAAUCUCAUGUUUGUUGUCAAAGUGUGAAAGCAGCAUUCAGACGGGCUGAUUGGUUAACAAGCCUAAGGCUGCAGCUGAGGUUAUAAACCUAAAACUUGCAGACACACAGUGAAUAAAAUAAUAAUAAUAAUAAUAAUAAUAAUAAUAAUAAAAAGUCUGCACUCUAAGUCGACAAAGCAAUGACCUUGUCUAAAAUCAAUGGCUGCUACAUUUUGCCACAAAAGCCCAUGUGAAGGCACUAUAUUUUCGGCUUCUUUGGAAGAGUGCACACAAGCCCUUCAUCAGCACAUAUGGAAACAUAUCUCUAGCACUAUGUCUGGCAGACAAACAAAAUUGCUCAGUGUUACGUUUAACUUUGUUCUUUGUGUUGUAAUACCAUUGUUGCUUCUAUUGUUUUGCAUGUUGCAGGUCAAAAAAAAAAAAAAAGAAGUUGUUUAAGAGUGGAGCUAAGUGACCAUCUCCUUGGCAGGAGAAUAUUUGUUUACUCUCUGUAUCAGUAUUACAGUAACAGUAUUGUCUCAGGAGUUUGUAGUCAUUUAGUAGUAGUUACUCUUUUAUUUAUUAUCAGCAUUUUUAUUAUACUUGUGGAUUGGGUGCUCUAGGUACAGCUCGUCUUUAAGUAUAUAUCAUCUGAUCAUUGAUGCUGUACAAUGCUAAAGUGUUCUAAAGUUUGCUGGCUGCCAAUCAAAUCAAAAGCAGUAUGCUUAGAACAUGUGUUUGUUUUGAUCAGUAUUGCGGUUUUUAGCAGGAAUCUUUUACAUGUCCAGUUAAUGUGUACAUGGUGUAACGAGGUUUGCUUAAACGUGAAUUUUCAUGUUGUAAAACGGUUAGAACCCUCAUUAUUAACAUGCAGUCUUAAGAUGAAUUUCAUUUUUGCAUAUUUAUACAAAUAAACUUUUCUACCCUGAAA